CACAUCAAAGUAAUGUAUGGAAGCUGUUGGAGGGGGAGAGAGAGGAAUUUUUGUUGAUUAGGUAAAAGCAAUAGAAGAAUUGCUUGGAUGAAAGGUUUGCUUCGGACCAUUACUUAGAGAAAUCGAAGCAAGAAUUUGGGUAGAAUCGAUAUGGAUAGCUUACUCUGUGAUGAAUUAAUUCAAGAAAUUUUUCAUAAGCUGCCGUCGCCGUCGUCGUCCGCCGUGUCUCUCGUCUCUAAGCGGUGGCUUCGCCUCUACCGGACUUCCAAAACUGCCAUUUCUCUCCGCCUCUGCAAUUUAUCUAUUUCAUCUCUCUCAUCUCUUCUCUCACACUAUCCUUUUCUCUCUUCCCUUUCAAUUCUCUCUGCCGCCGAAUCCUCCGCCUCGCCGGCUGCUACAGCAUCCGCCCAGAUUAUCUCCGAAAUUCGUCGUUUCUGUACGAAUCUCAAGGCUUUGAGAUUCCUUGCUGGCCCUGUUUCUCUAUCCUCCCUUGUUUCUCUCUCCUCUGCUUGCACUCACCUAUCUUCUCUAUCUAUUAACGUGUAUCGGCCGUUGAAUUUCCGGUGGGUUGUUAAUUUUCCGGGUUUGAAAUCGCUUUCAGUCUCUGUUAUAUCCGGUGAGGGUUUUGAAAUUGAAGUGGAUUCUGGCGAUUGGGAGUGGGAAUCGGCGGAGGUAGGGGCCGGAUUGGGGAUUCAGAGUCUUUGUUUGUCCGGUCUCCGUGCUGGCGAUUGGGGAGUCGGUUGGCUGUGGCGGAAUUGCAAGAAUCUCCGGCAGUUGCAGCUCCGCAGCUGUGAGACCGUCGGUGACGGCGUGUCGUUUUCGUCGUUCGUCGAGUGCUUGGCGGGGCUUUGUGCGGUGGAGCUGCGAACUUGCCGGAGUAUAGCCGAUGACGUUUUGAUGAAAUUGGCGGAGAAUUGCCGGAAUCUGACAUCCCUUCUAGUUUAUGACGGCGGCAGUCGGGAAGGUCUCCUUCAAUUCCUCAGUCGCCAACAAAGUAAUCUACAGAGCCUUGACCUGCGCUUGCCUCUCGACCUCGACAACGAGCAUCUCAUCGCCAUUGCUACGAACCUUCGAGGUCUCUCAUCUCUUCGAUUGCAGAGUUGUUGUCUUGUCACUGGUGAUGGUCUAAAAGCCAUAAGUACCGCCCUUAGCUCUCAUCUCGAGGAGUUGGCAUUGAUUAACUGCGACGUAGUUGAGAGAGAGUCGGGGUUGUUGGCCACCAUGGGACAGAACUUGAAACGAUUAAAGAUUCUUGACUUAUCUUACAAUGAGAUGUUGAUGGACAAAGACUUCAUCUCUAUGGCCAUCUCUUGCAACUCCAUUCAAGAGCUCAACCUUAGGGGAUGCAAAUGGCUGACUGGAGCUGCCAUUUUUGCAUUGUGGAAGAACUGCAAGGAAUUGGAGACCAUUGACAUUGUUCAAUGUCCUAAGAUUCAUGCCAAUGCAGUGGAACUUUACGCCAUGAAUUUGCCUAGAUUGAGACAGCUCAAGGUUGAAGAUGACAAGAUUUCUAAUAUUUUGAGGAAUUUGGCAUCGCGCCGAUUUGUCAAGAUUGUUGUUUGAUGUUAAGAGGAUAAUAAAUGGUGCCUCCAACAAAAUGGAGCAUAUGAUAGAUAAGAAAAACAAAUCAUAAGUUGUACUAAAUAUUGUAUUUUAAUUCGAGGUGGAGAUCAUGAUCGUACUUGAUCUUUUAUCUUCAAUGUUGGUUGGUUAAUGAUUUAUGUUAAAUGUUGGAUUAUAAAUAAUUUAUAUGACCAUUAAUGUGGUUGGAAUAAACACCAAUAAUUGUGCUGUAGAUCAUAA